UUGGGCACAUUAUGCACGCUCGAGUCGGCACGUUCGAGAUAUUAUCCAGAAAAAGUUGUAAUAAUACAUAGCCGAGGCUUAUGUACGUAUAGUGUAUGUUUAGUGUACAUGUGAAAUUCAAAAUGUUCACCAAGAAGUUCAGGAUAAAAUCGAAUUCUGCAAUCAAAGGCUCAGAUCGCCGUAAACUCCGGUCACAAGUCUCACAACAAUUUGUGCAGCUGUCGGAUGAAGAUGUUGGGCAACUCAUUCCAAAUAAGGAGGACAUGUCGGUGAUGAAACUCUACACACACAGUGGUGCAAGUAUCCUUGUGUAUUGUUUAGGCAAAAACCCAUUGUUUUUUGAGCAGGAGAAACAAUUGUUUCCAACAGUGUACACUUUGUGGAAAUGUCCAAAUAUAUUAGCAUAUUUCACAACAUGGCCACCGGUCUUAGAAAAGUUAAAGGGAGGGGCUGAUCUCAUGUUGCCUGGAGUUGUCGCUAGUAGCCUACCAGCCGUUGGUAAAGGUGACGUAUGCGGUAUCAACCUAGUUGGUAACCAGGCAGCGGUUGCCAUCGGUGUGGCACAUUGGUCAACCGAAGAUAUGAUUGCUAGCGGUAUGCGAGGCAAAGGGGUGUUGACUCUACACACCUAUGGCGAUCAGUUGUGGGCAUAUGGAGACAAAUCUUCACCACCAGAAAUACCCAUGGAAGGAGUAGACCCAUCCUUAAGUACCACAACUGAUGAUGCACAACAAGUAGCAGGUGGUGCAGGAGAAUGCUCUAUGGGAGAUGAUUUAGAGGGCGCCACACAGGUUGCAGAUUGCAGCAGUGGUGUGAAUCAGCUGAGUCUAGAUGUAAGUGACAAUGGAAAUGAUUGUGAGGUUGAAGAGGUGGAGGAGGAAUCAAUGGAAGAAAAAAUAGAAAAAAUGGAUAAUUUGUUGAUGCAGUGUUUUCUGUUCAGUUUGAAGACGUCUGUUAAAAAAAGCAACUUGCCUUUACUAGCCAGUACAUUCUAUGCUCAGCAUAUACAGAAAUGUUGUCCAGCAAAUAAAUCACUUGACAUCAAGAAGUCAAGUUAUAAGAAGCUGUCCAAGUUCUUACAGAUUAUGAAUGACCGAGGGUUGGUAGAGAUCAAAGAACACUCCAAGGGUGUCAGCAGCAUUGUGGGAAUCGACAAGUCACACGAUGAUCUGCGAAGCUUUGUCGUGCCUGAGGAGUUUGAACGCUUAAGAGCAGCAGCAGCUGUUGCAGAUGAGGUUGCCAAGCAGGAGGAGACGGCGCACACAUACCAACCUCCUGAAGUGAUAGAAAUGUUAGGAGUAACAUCAGCUAUGCUACCUAUAUUCCAACCAAGUUACAAGAAAGGAUCUUGGCUUGUACGCAACAUGGUUAAGGAAGUUGUCACGCAGUACAUUAAGGAAAACCAGUUGGUGGAUAUUAACGAUACAAGUAUGAUUGUGUUAGAUCCUCACCUGUCUGAUGCUAUACUGAAUAAAUCUGAGUACAUCACUCACCUGAAAUGGGACCAGGUGUUUGCAAGAUUCUAUGAGAAGAUGCAAGCAGGAUAUCAGGUGCUGUUCCCGGGAGAAGCACCAUGCAGUAAAACUGUCAAGAAAGGCAGGAUACAGCCCAUCAACAUCAAAAUUGAACAGAAAGCUGGAAACAAAAAGGUCACACUGGUAAAUAAUCUUGAAACGUUCAGCAUUGACCCUAAACAAUUCUCACAUGAGGUACAAGUGGGUGUGGCAACAAGUACGUCAGUUUCAUCACUUCCUGGCAAAAAUGCUGGGGUCCAGGUACUGGUACAGGGAAACAAGAUGGACUACAUAGCAUCAUUAUUAAUUGAUAAAUAUGGUUUACCAAGGAAGUACAUAUCCGGUAUUGAAAAGGCUUCGAAAUCUGCAAAGAAGAGGUGAUAAUACUCAUCAUAUUGCUGGCAUGCAUCCCUUCAUUCAUUCCUGCAUACGGGAGAGAUAAUGGUGACAAAUCACACAGAUGCAGACUAAAGAAAUAUAAUUG